AUGAAAUAUUUGAAGGAUUUGAUUAUAAGUAGAAAGGACUUUCAGGAUUGGUGCCAUAAUCUACAUUGGGGGAAGGAUGGGUCAAUGUUUUUGACUACUGUUCCUGAACUUACAUUGAUUGAACCAAUUUACAACACUGAAGUCGCUGGUCAAUGUAAGAAUCUCUUCCAUGUUCGAGAAUACCCAUUAGUAAUUGAAAAUAAGUUCGAAUACGAAACCUCACAACAUAAUUCGCUUUUGGACGGACAACCUGAGUCUUUCGUAAGGGGCUGGAUACCUUCACCAGAUUCUAUUUCAGACAACUUGUUUUCCGUUCUAACUAAUAAUUGCAAUGUAAUAGUUUACAAACACAACAAGAAGGUAAUAAACUUAGACGAACCUGAUAAACCUCUUUCACAUAGAACAUACCACUGCAUGAAUUGGUGUAAUAAUGGACAAUAUUUAUUUGUGGGUAAUGAGGAGUCAGAGGUUGUUGUUUUCGAAAGACAAAAACCUAACAGCGAUGAAGUGAUGUUUCACUAUAAAACCACAAUAAAAUUAGGAGCUAAUCGACUAUGGAUAACAAAAUUAUAUUCUAGAGAUAAUCAAAUUAUAGUGACUACCGAUAAUAAUGCCAUUUAUCACAUAUCCUUUGCUAAAGGGUUCAACAAUGUAAAAACUAAUCAAGUAUUAAAUGCUGGAAGAUUUAAAGUAGUUGAUUUAAAAAUUUCAGAAAAUUAUGCAUUUAUAACAACAUACAAUAAAUUCUACUGUAUUAAUUUGAAUAAUAAUAUCCAGUCGGAAGUUACACUUCCGCAAUCUGAAGGGUACAGCAUAGUGCCAUUGACACCCAGGAAAUCUGAAAUUUUGUUAUUAUCUUUAUCAGGUAACCUGACUGUUCAAUUAAAUGAUUUUUCUAAUCUAGUUUUAAUGCAAGAUAAUAUAGUAACGCCACCAAUCGAAAAGAAAUAUAAAAAAUGGAAAACUUUAUCACAAGAAGAGUUUGGAAAAUGUAUGACAAAUAUUCGUAUUUUUGGUAGCUGUAUAUCACAAGACGAAAAUUCAAUUGCAGUUUUAUAUAACUUUGAAAGGGUGGCUCCAAAAUAUUCAAUCACAUCAGAAAGUCAAUACCGUUUAAUGUUACUCCCAUUAUAUGAUUCAUGGACAAUUUCUGACAGAUCAGCAGGUCUCUCAUUAUUCCAAACAUAUAACAUAUAUGAUAAAAAACUUCCUAUAUUAAAGGAUUGUAAUAAUACAGAGGAAGCAAAGAAUAACACCAAUAUAGACUUUAAAGAAUACAUUAAAAAUAUUCUAUCAUUAAAGGAAAUGAAUAAGACAAUGUUUCAAAAUUUCAUUAAUCCAGUCCCUUCUUGUGAAUUUUUUAGAGAGUGUAUUAUCAAUUAUGUGAAUGACCAUAUUGAUGAAAUUCAAAACCCAUUAGAUAAAGCAUGUGCUCUAUCGUUAGCAGCAUCAACGAAUCAAACCAUAAAGCUAAAUAAAGAGACUCUUCACUUUAAAAGUGAGUUUAUUAGUGAAAACUUUGUUUUCGAUAACACACAAGAUUCUAACAUAAUUACUUCUAUAGAAGGACAUACUUGGAAGAGAUGUCUUAUAACUUUAUUGCCUUUAUUAACUGUAAAUGUUAAAGUGUGCCCUGUGAGUAAUGAAAGGAUGAUAGACAUAAAGAAGGAUGACUUAAAUGAAUAUGGUUGGUUAACAAGAACAUUACUUGAAGUUUUCCACGACCAAAGUGUUUAUACUGGUGCUACAAUGAAAUAA